AGUAACGUGAGACUGUAAACUUUGACCUCUGGCCUUCAUAAUAACCAUAACAUGUUGUAUUGUUCGUCUUUGUAUGUAACAGACCUAUCUUUGUCAUAGCAAGGGACAGAGUGGAUGAGUCAUUGAACAUAUUGCUACAUUCAGAUGAACCUUUUUUUUAAUUAUAAAGAUUUACUUUUAUUGUGGUCCAAAAUAUUAUGGUCCAAUUUACCAUCUUACAGUAAUCAAUCCUUGAGGAUACCGUACAUUUUAAAAAUGGAUUAAUUUUACAUGGGAUUAAAAGUCUGAUUGUCAUUAACUUCGAAAUUGUCACUAACAGGAAAGCAAGUAUCAUCUUUUAAACAGUGUAAGUAGGCUUAGAAGUCAGAAACAAAGGUGGAAUAGAAAAGAUCCACCAUGUUUCUGCAACAAGAGUCAGCUCAUCUUAUGGCAACCUUAGCUGGAGCAGCCUUAUUCAAAGUGAUAGCACUGUCUUACGUCGAAAAGAACCACAGAAAACGUUUUCAAAAGCCUAUUACUGAACAGAUAGGUACUGUGGCAAAUUUGUUCAUAUACCCAGUAAAGUCCUGUGGAGUGACUGAGGUUACAGAAGCUGACUGCACAUCCGUUGGACUUCAGUUUGAAGGUUUGACUGAUAGACACUGGAUGAUAAUUGAUGAAAACAUGCAGGUUCUAACGAUGAAAGAAGCUCCUCGGCUGACAUUAAUCAAAUGCAUUAGUUUCGGUGACAGUAUUCGGUUGACUGCUCCUGGAAUGACACCUUUGGAACUUUCAAAGAACCCGGACAUUAGGUCACAUGAUCGUCAAGUAAAAAUAAUGUGCCAACAAGCAAUACCCAUUGUACAUUGCGGCUCCCAGGCCGAGUCAUGGAUCUCCACGUUUCUACAGAGACCUGCUAGGAUAGUGUACUCGUGUUCAGAUCUAGGAGUUAGGGAUGUAUUCGAUCGAAAAAGAAAAUGGCCGAACAGUGCAAGAAAGGGUGAUUCGACUAUAUUUUCCUACCUGACUUCCUACUUGGUGUGUACCUCUGCAUCUUUAAACCUUAUUAAUGGUCAGUUGACAUCGCCAGUGUCCAUGGUCAACUUUAGGCCUAGUAUUGUAGUGGAGAACACAGAGCCGUUUGAUGAGGAUAUGUGGACAGAGGUCAAGAUUGGGGAACACGUCUUGUUUCAUUCAGUGGAGCCUUGCAGAAGGUGCACAAUUACAACCAUUGAUCCAGUAACAGCCAAAUCCAGGGACGAUAGACAACCUCUAGAAUUACUCAAAUCAUUUCGGUGCAGACAGCCGUACGGAACAGCUCCUAUAUUCGGACUCUACUUGUCCCUUGAUAUUGCAGGUCAUAUUAGAGUUGGGGACCCUGUUUUAGUUUUGAAAGCAGACGAUUCAAAGUUUACGUUCCAGAGUAGUUCAUACUUUUAGGAAUAUUUUGUUUAGUGUCUAGUAAAUUGGAAAAUGUUUCACUGAGAAAAAUGUGCAUAAUUUAAAUUAACCAAACGUUGUUUUUUUCUUAAUAUGGAAAAUGAUCUAUAUAUGCAAAUGUUCCCCUCAACCAUUCUAAUGUAUCAUGUUUUGAGACAUUGUCUUAAUUAUAGGCAAGUACUGAAGCUAACUCUAUAGGUAUGUGUUGCAAAAUAUUUUUUUAAGCCACAUCGCAAACAUCAGUUAUUUUCCUCAACUGUUUAUAAGCCUAUAUUUAUGAGUUAUAGGCCUACCCAUGGUUAUACCACUUGUAAUAAACAAAUAUGUUUCGUAUAUA